AUGGGGCUGCGCAUCGCUGCAGAGGCGCUGGUCCGUCCCAGCACCAACUCUGCAAGUUCCAUUCGCUACUCCUCUUCAGGACUGGCGGCGUCUGGCUCGAGGCUGCUGUCCACUACUGUCGUCACCUCGACUCGUCGUAUAGAGGUCGCUGAACAGUCUCUAAAGACAUUCCAUGUCCAAGCUCGUGGCCUGUCACGAUCCACCCCUAUUCGACGAGACCAGCUGUCACCAGAAGCACUACGCAAGCAGAUCGAAGAUCAGCUCUUUCGACGCGUCGGUCAAGUCGGCCAGCCACAGUAUCGACAACCCGCCCAAUAUCAGCGCUUUGGUGGCGGCGGCGGUGGAGGCGGUGGUCGCGGAGGGGGAUCCUUCUUCUCCCGACGCCCUCAAACGCUCGUCCUCCUUGCUCUCGGCGGAGGCGGCAUCUACUACGUCUUCCAUCUCGAGCAGGUUCCUGAAACAGGUCGAUGGCGAUUCAUCGACGUCAGCCCAGCACAAGAGCAUCAGAUGGGCCAAGAGACCUUCCAACAGACCCUGGCCGAGUAUCGCGGUCGCAUCCUGCCCGCCUCGCAUCCGGAUUCGAAACAGGUGCGCUCCGUUGCCAGUCGUAUCGUCGCAGCGCUCGACAAGGCGGUUGACGGACAAAACCAGCCGCAGCACACUAAGGGCGAUUCCAGCAUGACGCACCACUCGCAUGGUGAAGAAGGCGGUAUCUCGUACGGUUCCCACUCUUCCGGCGGUAGUGGUGCACAGUCAACGAGCUUCGGCCAGGCGAGUGCUGACCCAUCUCAACCCGCCACCAAAUGGGAAGUCUUUGUGAUCGACGAUCGCAAGCAGAAGAACGCCUUCGUGCUUCCCGGAGGCAAGAUCUUUGUCUUCACCGGCAUCCUGCCCGUGUGCGCCAACUCGGACGGCCUAGCUACGGUCCUCGGUCACGAGGUCGCCCACCAAGUCGCGCGGCAUUCCGCCGAAAAGGUGUCGGGCUACAAGGUCCUCGUCGCCGGCUCGUUCCUGUUGGACGCAUUCGGACUGGACAUCGGGCUGAGCAGAACGCUCUUGACGCUGCUCCUAUCGCUACCCAACUCGAGAAAGACCGAGCUGGAGGCGGACUAUCUGGGACUGAGGAUCAUGAGUCGGGCCUGCUUCGAUCCGAGAGAGGCCAGUCGGCUCUGGACCAGGAUGAGCGAGAGUGAGGGUGGGGGAGGUGGAGGUGUGUUGGAUAGCGCACAAGCGCUGCUGUCGACUCAUCCCGUGUCAAGUCAGAGGAUCAAGAACAUGGAAAAGUGGUUGCCGGAGGCGAUGAGUACGAGGGAGGCGAGCGACUGUCCGGCGCCGGAGACGGUGGCUGGGUUCCGAGGUGCGAGCGGGCUGGGUCAGAGAUCCUUCUCGCCCUUCUGA